CGCAGACAAAACCUCACCGGCACGUCCCAACCAUCUACGCCCUCUCAAAAGCCUCUGGAAAGAAACAAAAAAAAAACACAACACCCGCUCCAUGUCGCUCGUGGACGACUUGCGUGACUUGGAAACAUCCAUCGCCGCGCUCCACGAGCAAAUCGCGCCGCUCCAAGAAAAGCAUGACCGCAUGUUCCGCGAGGCCCGCGACUUCGAGGCCGCCUUCAAAACCAAGCAGCUUGUCCGGCCCGUGCCAGGCGGCCGGGGGCCCGUGCCGGCAACCGCGGACGACGCGCCGCCGUUGAUUGUCCACUCUCAUUUCGACGCGUCCAUCGAAAAGUACUUCCGGACACCGGCCCUGGAACCCGGCCCUUCGACCCCCGCGGUUCUUCUGCGGAGACAGCUCCAAACGGCCGCGGGCCGCGUGGCCUUGGCAGAGAGCAUAUUCCGGUUCGGCGGCAUCACGGCCUUUGCCAUCAACGACCGCUUGUACGACCAAGAGGACGACGCGUUGUUGGGGCUCCGUUUCGACGUGUUGUGCCACGCAACGCUGCGGUUCAUGGCGCCGCACUACAUCAUUCUCCGAAGGCGGCAGCCGGCGGCCAAGACGCUGGAGUCGGCGCCGCCCUGGCUGGUGUUCCGCUACACCACGCCGCCGUACGUGCCCCUCGACCAGCUCCAGGACCUUCUUUUGCAGGGCGACGAGGGGCUCCAGAGCUUUGCCGAGCACGUGCGGGCGCUGUUGGUGGGCGUGCAGUACAAGCACGACAAACUAGACCAGCUCGCCGGCCUUUCGUACGCGGCAGUGUUGGGCCAUGGCGCGGCCGAUACCAUCGUGUCCAAGCUCGAAAAGGACUUGGCGUGCACGCGCGCGGUGUUGACGAUGAGGCGCCCGGCCGCGGCUGGCGGCGUGUUGGAAAUCGAGCUUCUUUGCGGCCGCCUCGACGUGGACGCCGUGCACUGCACGUUCGGUGACGCGAGAUCCGAGCUUGUUGUCCAGACCAUGUUGCACGGGCGCAGCUUCCAGGCCUUGGCCGCGGCGUUCUCGGACGUGGUGCGGUACUUGAGGGAAACGGCGCUUCUUUGA